GGCGUGCUGCAGCGGCUGGCGCUGCAGGAGUACACCAUGGAGGCGAGCGGAGCCACCGGCUUCUGGUCGGAGCGGCGGCGCACGGUGCGCGAGGUGGUGAACACGGUGCCGUUCGCGCUGUGCGGCGCCGGCCUGCAGGUGGCGGUGCGCGACCCGGCUGCGCUCACCGCCGUCGACCUGUACACGGUCAAGGACGAGUACGUGCCGGCUGAGACGUCGCUGGCGCAGAGCGUUUGGCAGUGGCUGCAGGGCGAGCGCAAGCAGGGUCUGCGCGAUGUGGAGGAGAUGCUGGUGGACGGCACGCACGUGACCGGCUACGGCGAGCUGGUGCGCUGCGAACGCGGCCUGGAGCUGCGCCCGCCGCCGGGCGACCUGCCCUACAUCCUGACCACGCGCUCGGAGGCGGCGCUGCUGCGCGCGCUGGAGUACGACGCCAUCAGGUCGGAGCGGCGGCGCCGUGAGCGCGCCGGCGCCGCCGUACCCGAGGCCGUCCAGUGCGUCGUGUGCCUAAGCAACCCGCGCGAGGUGGUGGUGGCGCCCUGUCAGCACGUGUGCCUCUGCGUGGACUGCGAGGAGCGGCUGGACAAGCGCUGCUGCCCAGUCUGUCGCCGUGACGUCACCAGUGUGCUGCCGGUCUACCUGGCUUGAAGGCGCAGUGGGCUGCGUGGGUGUGAGUACUAACGGUUGCGUCGAUUAGCUGUGCAUCCGAUCUGGUCAUUGGUCAGCUGAGGACGGUCGUUUCUGCGUGGCCUUUCGGUGGGGUGACGGUCGUGCCAGCGAGGCUUCCAAGAUUAUCGACGUUCGUGUGUUUUAUGGAAACAUUUUGCUGUGGCGGUGCGAUUGUUUUGAACGUCCGUACGCCGGUGUCCUCAGCAGCCGUUGCACCAAUUUAGCAACGUUAUACCAGCCAAGUGCCUUGUUGAGAUCAAACCAGAAACGCCUGUAAAAGCACACAGAGGCUAGUGAUUUGCGGUGUUAUUAACGCGUUGCCGAUGCGGCGUGCUGCCAUUUGGUCGGACUGUUGUUUUCACGUGCAGUAGUUAAUCGAGAGUGCUCUGCCAGCGGUGUGCAUGGUGCAUGUGAGAGCCAGAUGCCGACUUGGGUCCGGAAUGGCCGCAGACUCCAUUUUAACUGUGUGAGGGAAUACACUUUUGUAGCUGUG